UUAAUUAUAUUCAGAUACAAGAUAUAAAAUAUUUGUGGAGUUUCAAACUUUUUGGAGGUUAUGUGCAAUAUGGGCUGGUAUUAAGUUUGUAAUAUGGGCUAGCCCAUAUUUGUAGCAAUAAUAGAAAUCGAGAACUUUGUUUUAGAAUGACACGCAGAAAAGUUAUUGUAAGCCGCAAGUUCAGCGCCAAGAAACGGAAGACAUGGGAUGUAGACCAUGUGAAAAGGGCUGUUCGAGCGGUAAGAGAAAAAACGAUGGGAACUCUAAAGGCAGCUAAAACUUUUGGCGUUCCAAGGACUACAGUUCAGCGAUUGGCCAAAAUGGACCAUCUUAGCGUAGAAGAGGCUGUUCAGAUCAAAUUAGGGCGAGGUACAAUGCCAGCAAAUACGAUCAAUGGAUAAGGCCGACAGAGCGUGCUAAAUUUAUUAAAGUGUUUCCAGGAAACGAAUGAAAACAGCGGUCCUCUGUUACCCACUUCAUGCGUACUGGAGAGAGUAGCAGAUGCGUUGAAGAUUAGUCUGUGCACUGUUCCGUCCAUGGUACGGUGACUCGAUCUGUUCACUAUUUCAUAUGGCGUUGAUGAGG